GUCCUUCGAAGGAGGUGGGGGCGGGGUAUCCCGCCGAUAGAUGCACCCGCACAAAGCAGCACGUUUUCUCAUCAAAGCGCUGAAGAGGGGGGAAGAACCAGCGAUCAGCAUUUCGCUGAUUUUCAAGUGCACACCGAGCGGCGCGUCAGGCAGCUUUGGGUCAGAACACGCCAAUUCGGAGUUUAGGCGAAGGCAGAGGCCAGCGCGGUCACGGAUUCCGAGCCGGGGGCGGGGUCGACCACACACGUUGUGAGACUCGCAGGCUGAGGAGUGCGGGUUAGAAAAUGUGACCCUGGCGACCCCAGCGCCCCCGCCUCCCUCGCUGCUGGUCCACCUGCAAGCGGAGCGCGCCGAGCCGCCAGGGGAGGCGAUGGCCAGCCCCGCGCCCUUAGUGGCCUCCAUUGGCCACCAAAUGGUGGCUCUGCAGACCUUGCAGCUGCUGCAGCAGGAAUGGGGCUGGGGGGAUGGUCCGGGCGCCCCUGGGAACCCGGACCACGUGUCCACCGCCCCAGUCCGUCGCUCAGGCCGGCUGCGGGCCUGGCAGGGGCCCGGGCGCCAGGAGCGGGGUGGGGGCGUGGGGGCCAGGAAUCGGGGGACCGGCGCGCGGGCGAGCUCCCCAGAGGAGGAGGUGGUGCGGGGCGCGGAGGGGGGCGCUGAGCUACUGCCCUUCCCCCGGGACCGCCGACCCUGCACCCUGGCCGGGAUGGCGAUGCGCAGCGCGCUGGCCCGCGUGGUGGACUCGACCUCGGAGCUGGUCAGCGUGGAGCAGACGCUGCUGGAACCUCUCCAGCAGGAGCGGUCUUUUCCCAUCCACCUGAAGGACAGUGUUGAGUUUAGAAACAUCUGCAGUCAUUUGGCUCUACAGAUUGAAGGACAGCAGUUUGACAGAGACUUGAAUGCUGCCCACCAGUGUUUGAAGACAAUAGUCAAGAAGCUGAUUCAGUCACUUGCUAAUCUUCCUUCAGAUGCCCACGUGGUAGCCUGUGCUUCCUUGAGACAGAUCUUACAGAAUCUCCCAGACAUAUGAGUGUUAAAGGCAUCGGGAGUAAAAUCACAGCCAGCAGUGUUAAGAGAACCAGAUACCUUACCUUCCUAACUGAAUCAGAGACAAUGGAUGUUUUUAUUUCCAAAGGGGAAAGACUUGAUGGCACGGGGAGCAGUCUGACCAGUGGCAUCUGUAGCCUUCAGAAUUAUAGCAUGUUAGUGAAAUUUUUUUAAAGCAAUAUUUCACAUUUUUAAGUAUAUUACCUAUUUGCUGACUUUUUGAUUGAAGUACAUUUUACUUUGUGGAACUGAUUUGAUUAUGUAUGUAUAUAUUUAUUAAUUAAUUCAUAUUAAGUAUUAGUUUUUAUUGAAUGUAUUUGUAUUCAUAUUAAUGUAGAUCUAAAGGGCUUAAUAUGGUUAUUUAUAUAAUUAAAGCACCAUGGUUCUUACAAUUACCUUGAAUAAAUGGGAUAUUUGAUAAUUGCUAUGUUCUAUUAAUGCUUACUGGACACUUCCUUUUAUGUUACAAGAGUUACCUUUGUAGGACCACAUGUGUCAGUAAUUAUGAGUUUACUGUUGGGCACGAGAAGAGUUGCUUCUAAACCUUGUGCUUUUAUAUACUGAUUUGUAAAUUUAAAGUGAUAGUGAGCUAUGAAGGACCAAUUAUGUAUGAUAUGUAAAUACAAAGCACAGUAUUAUUAAAGUCUUAUGUGGAAAUGUC